AAACCUCGAUUUAAACUAUUAGUAGGAGUUGCGUUUGCUUACGACAGAAGCAGAACAGAAAGGGGAAAGAGAGAAUCGCAGGACAUAGAGAAGAUAAGCACAUACAGCCAUGAAGCCGGAGACGGUGACUCUGGUUCUGGUAAACGUGGCCGCGAUCAUGGAGAGGGCCGAUGAGUCUUUGCUUCCUGGAGUCUACAAAGAGGUGGGUGCGGCGCUGCACGCGGACCCGACUAGGCUUGGCACCUUGACCUUGUUCAGAUCCAUUGUACAGGCCUCUUGCUAUCCUCUCGCGGCUUACUUGGCUGUGCGACACAAUCGUGCCCACGUUAUCGCUCUUGGUGCUUUGCUCUGGGCUGCCGCCACUUUCCUCGUUGCUUUCUCUUCCACUUUCUUGGAGGUGGCUAUCUCUAGGGCAUUAAAUGGGAUUGGUCUUGCAAUAGUCGCACCUGCAAUCCAGUCUCUUGUUGCUGACUCAACUAGUGAUAACAAUCGUGGUAUGGCCUUUGGAUGGCUGCAGUUAACAGGCAACUUUGGUUCAAUAAUUGGUGGGCUCUGUUCAGUAUUGAUUGCUCCAAUAACACUCAUGGGAAUCCCUGGCUGGAGGAUUUCGUUCCAUAUUGUUGGUCUGAUAAGUGUGGUAGUUGGUAUCUUAGUCUACCUCUUCGCAAAUGAUCCACACUUUUCAGAUAAUAAUAAAAGAGUUGCCGAUCAAGUCCCAAGCAUAUCCUUUUCAUCAGAAGUGAAGAACCUGGUCCAGGAAGCCAAGUCAGUCAUAAAAAUUCCAUCUUUCCAGAUUAUAGUGGCCCAGGGUGUCACAGGUUCCUUUCCCUGGUCUGCCUUAUCAUUUGCACCCAUGUGGUUAGAACUCAUAGGAUUCUCCCAUGGGAAAACUGCAGUCCUCAUGGCAUUGUUUGUGAUUGCUGGUUCCUUUGGAGGUCUCUUUGGGGGUAGGAUGGGUGAUAUUCUCUCCAUGCGUUUCCCACACUCUGGACGGAUAAUGCUGGCACAGAUAAGUUCAGCAUCAGCCAUCCCUCUGGCAGCAAUGCUUCUGCUGGUUUUACCUGAUGAUCCAUCCACAUCUGUGCUGCAUGGUUUAGUCUUGAUGAUCACAGGGUUCUUCAUAUCCUGGAAUGCUCCAGCUACAAACAAUCCAAUUUUUGCAGAAAUUGUUCCUGAGAAAUCUCGGACGAGUGUCUAUGCUUUGGAUCGAUCUUUUGAGUCGAUAUUAUCAUCAUUUGCUCCUCCGGUUGUUGGAAUACUGGCUCAACACGUUUAUGGUUAUAAACCUAUUCCUAAUGGAUCCAGUGAAUCUGAGGAGAUUGCCACAGAUAGAGGGAAUGCUGCCUCUUUGGCUAAGGCACUGUAUGUAGCGAUUGGAAUUCCAAUGGCUCUGUGCUGUCUCAUCUACUCAUUCCUUUAUCGUACCUAUCCAAGAGACAGGGAACGAGCUCAAAUGGAAGCAUUAAUAGGAUCAGAGAUGGAACAGAUAUUGUCAGAUGACUCACCUGUGGAAGAAGAAUACUCUCGAGUUCGGUUUCUUGAACAAGGAGAAGCAUAUGUUAAAGAAAGAAGCAUCAAUGAAAUGUAUUAUGAAGGAGAGUAUGACCUUGAUCCUGAUGACAUUGAUGAGAAGACAAUGCUUCAUCGCGAGUUGACACUUAGAAAUUUAGGUGAAUAGCCGUAGAUGGUUUUUGUUUCUGAUAUGGUCAACAUUUUCCACUUUGAUGGAUUCAACCCUGACUAUGUAGAUCUGGAUUUCUCACUGCAUGGCUGCUCUACGCUAGACCGGCUUUGCUCAUACUCUUAUUUGGCAUUUGAACAUGUGGGAAUUCAGAGGAUCUCCUUGGAAAAGUAACUUUAUUAUAAACACAUUACUGUGUAAUACAGUGUACAGAAACCUUUCUUGUACAAAAUUUGAAUGACUGAGAAAAUUUGCUAAACCAUAGCAAAAGAAAGCAGAUACACCAAGUAUCUGCUUUCUUUUGUAUUUCCAA